UGGAAUCAUUUUUAAGGGGAAGGCGAGAAAAAGGGGCACCCGCUUUUCCGCUCCCCCCUCUCUUUUCUUCUCACUCUCUGCUCUCUGCUGCUGAAAACAAAGUUGAACAGAGAAAGCUGCUACUCUCCCUCUCUCUCUCUCUCUAACACACGUCAAUACGUACAUACGCUCACUCUAGAGCGCCUAUACACACACACACAUAUAUAUAUAAAUUUGUAUUGAGUGUUCUCAAUUGUUUGCCAUCGAAUGCAAUUGUGUAUUGCCAAUUUAAACGAUUCCAGUUCAGACCUGAAUCGCUCCAUGGCCAACAAUCCAGGUGAAACCCCCUCCGACGACUUUCUCGAGCAGAUUUUAGGGUUUCCGAGCUAUGCCGCCGGAGCCGACGCCAACUUGGCUGGUAACGAGGCUGCCAUGAUGCUGCAGCUUGGCUCGGGCGAUGGCGCGUCUCACUUGGGUGCUAUGGGGAUGGGGCUUGGAGUUGGUAUGGGGGGUGCAUACGGUGUUGGAGUUGGAGUUGGAGUUGGAAGUGGAGGUGGGGGGUUUCCGUUGGGGUUGAGCCUAGAGCAAGGGAAAGCAGGGUUUAACGAUGUAUCUGGGAGUGGGAAGAGGUUCCUCCGUGACGAUCUUGUUGAUUCCCGCGCAUCCUCUUCUGCUAGACCGGGUUUUCAUGGGCAGUCAAUGACAAAUACAGCUCCUGCAGCGCCUCAUCCACCUGCAAUUCGGCCAAGGGUACGAGCUAGACGAGGCCAAGCAACGGACCCACACAGCAUAGCAGAGCGGUUGCGGCGAGAAAGAAUAGCAGAAAGAAUAAGGGCAUUGCAAGAGUUAGUUCCCAGUGUUAACAAGACUGAUAGAGCAGCUAUGCUUGAUGAAAUUGUGGAUUAUGUGAAGUUCUUGAGACUCCAAGUGAAGGUGUUGAGUAUGAGCCGAUUGGGAGGAGCGGGUGCUGUGGCUCCACUUGUGACAGAUAUCCCUAUAUCAUCAAUAGAGGAAGAAAGUGGCGAUGGUGGAAGAGCUCAGCCAGCCUGGGAGAAGUGGUCAAAUGAUGGUACAGAACGGCAAGUCGCCAAGCUUAUGGAAGAAAAUGUUGGGGCUGCCAUGCAACUUCUUCAAUCCAAGGCACUCUGCAUUAUGCCCAUAUCCCUUGCCUCAGCUAUCUACCACACACAACCUCGCGACACUGUGACACUUGCGAAACCCGAGUCCAGCCCCCCAUCAUAAUCCUCCAACAGAAGUCAUCCUUUAGUCCUAUCCAAUCCAGACUCUUCCUAAUUUGACUCCCUUUUGUUUGAAAUCUGACUCCACAAUCCACCUCUACCUUAUUCAAAGGCUUGGUUGACACUGCAUGUUAAGGAUAAUGGAAAUCUCCUUACUCGGUUGGAGCAGCGGAGAAAAUGUCAAACUUCAGACUUCUUGAUAUGCAGUUCUUGUUGCACCUCAGUGGUGGGACCAUAGGGGCUGGUGGUUAGUGAUGAAAGCACUUUGGUAUCAAGGGAACAGUUUCCACUAGUGGAUUUUGGGACCCUUCAAAGGGAUUAAUGCGUGUAUAUUAUAAUUGUAGUGUUGUUUUCAAUGCAAGUGGAGAAGGAUAGUUAGACUAAAUAAUGGUUAUUUUCUACCAGAAAGUAAAAGAUUUUAGUCCAAGAGAAAUCAUUUUGUACCAUUGGUCUGUAGACUUAGUGGAUUGGUUUCUGAAGGUAAUCGCACUUCGGUUUCUUUGUUCUUCUGUAUCAUCAUUACUGUGCUACCACAUUAUCGCAGAGAGAAUUUCACAGAGUAA